UCAAUAUUUCAACAUUUCCUUCACCUCAUUCCAUUCUAUACCUCUUUUGCACAAAACCAAAUCAAACAAGAAGAUGAACAACACCAUGGGCCCGGAUCCAAACUCUGGUGGGUUUCUCGGGUCACAAAAUAUCAGCGGGUUCGGGUAUGGUAUUGGGAUCUCGGUUGGAAUGUUGUUGCUUAUUACAACAAUCACUCUAGCUUCUUAUUUUUGCAAUCGAACAACAUCGACACCAUCACCAUCAGCCGCCCAAAUCCGGGCCCAAAGGAAUAGUUUAGCUCAAGCAUUGGGCCAACCCGACUCAAACCAUUGUGUGGUUGAAGUGGGCCUUGAUGAUGAGACACUUUUGAGCUAUCCCACUAUGCUCUACAAAGAUGCUAAGAUCAAUAAAUCGGAUUCGGGCUUUUCAACUUGUUGCUCUAUUUGUUUGGGUGAUUACAAAGGAAGUGAUAUGCUUAGACAACUUCCUGAUUGUGGUCACCUUUUUCAUGUUAAAUGUGUUGACCCGUGGUUGCGGUUGAACCCUACGUGCCCUAAUUGUCGAACGUCUCCCAUGCCAACACCGCUCUCGACGCCUUUGGCCGAAGUUGUCCCACUUGCAAGACGACGAGAUUAGUUUUUUUUUUUUUCUUAUUUGGAUUGGCUUGGUUCGACUCGGAUGAACAUUUGGUCUUGAAGGUCUACAUUUUCUUUACAUAUGUUAUACCGUAGAUCUUGUAGAGUUUAAUGCUAUUGAAUUGCAUAAAUUUGUUGUAUAUAUAUUUUGUUUUAUA